CAGCAUAUUUCUUUGUUGCUUUUGAUGUUCUAUCAAGACCAUCAGGUAUACUGAGUCUCAUCAUUAGUGACACAGAUGUGUGGUUUGUCGGUACAGUGAUGUUGGAAUCUAGGAUGUCGAUCUGGCGCAUUCAAGACAAACGCUUUAUCUUCUGGUGCCUUCAAAUAUUUAUCAAAAGGUUAUUUGUAGUUGUACAAUAACCAUUCGAAUAUUGAUAUGACUUUCAAUCCAGCUCCAUUUCGUACAUAAAACAAAACAUUUACAACUCAACUUCCAUCUUUGGGUUGGUUUACACAGUAAAAAUUACUCCUCCAAUAGCAUUUAUUAACUGCACACAAGAAAAUCAAAUAUAACUGAUACUUUGCUCCUACUCAUAUUUGUAAUGUGAGUUUUUAAAUAGGGAUACUGAAGAAAUAUAAACAGUACCCAAAUAAUCCACUAGUUAAUGUAUUGAAAAAGUAGCAAAUCUUACAUUUCAAAAUGGCUGAAUAGGACAGGAGUAGGUGUAUGUUACUGCAUGUACUGUUUAAAAUGAAACAGCUGAAUUUUUCCUUUGUUCAACUUCUGUAUGAAAAUUUCUGUGUAAAACGAAUGAUUAGAUGAAGAAGAAUCUUUUGGAAGAUUGCAUGAAUCCCAUGAUAUUGAUAAUGCCAGUUGUUUUCUUUCCUAUUCAGUCAUUUAUAAUCCUCUAUUUCAAACCUACCUCUGAAUAUUUGUCAAUCCUGUCUCGUGCCAGGGUAAGCCAUGCAGCGGGUUAAGAGAUGUGGACGGUCAUCCCGGCUUGGUCAAAACUACGGCAGCCACCUAGAGGAUCCUGGCUGAUUGGAUCAAAACAUACACCAUGGAUUCUGAGACUUGUUCUGGAUCAGAUAGAACAAGAAGUGUACUGGGUGUGUUUGAAAAGGAUGACGGACGGAGGUCUUCUGAAGAUCGAGGUGGACGUGACAGGGAUCGUGGUGACAGAGACCGAGAUCGUGAUCGAGACAGGAAAAGGAGAAGCCGAAGCAGAGACGGUGAUAGGAAAAGGGCCGGAAGUCGGGAGAGGAGGAGGUCAAGGUCAAGAGACAGGGAUAGGAGGCGGAGUCGUGACCGUGGUGACACUCGUAGGCGCAGUCGUAGCCGAGACCGUGACAUCAACCGGGACCGCCGUCGUCGCAGUAGGUCCCGUGACCGAGAUUUCAGACGUAGAUCACCUCCAGCCUGGAGAAACCGAGGAGGUCGUCGAUCCAACUCACCACCCAGGGGCGGAACUGGACCAAAUAAGACUGGUACAUGGACUCUGAAUAUGGACAAAGGCUUAGCUGCCAGAACUGACAAUGAGUUGACCCCCGAAGAAAGAGAUGCCAGGACCGUGUUUAUCAUGCAGUUGGCUCCAAAGAUACGACCAAGGGACCUUGAAACAUUUUUCUCCUCUGUUGGAAAGGUGCAGGAUGUGAGAAUCAUCACUGACAACAAAACACGGCUUUCAAAAGGUCUGGCGUAUGUCGAGUUCCAGGAUGUAUCUUCAGUUCCUCUAGCCAUGGGUCUCUCCGGGGAGAAGCUUCACCACCAGCCCAUCCUGGUGAUGCCCUCACAGGCUGAAAAGAACCGGUCGGGCAACCCAACAAACGUUAUGGCACGUGACCAGACUGGACCCAUGAGGCUGUAUGUUGGCUCGCUACAUUUCAAUAUCACGGAAGAGAUGCUCAAGGGGAUCUUUGAACCAUUUGGGAAGAUUGACCAUGUCAACUUGGUAAUGGACAACGAAUCUGGCCGAUCCAAGGGAUUUGGCUUUGUAACAUUCCACAACUGCGAAGAUGCUAAGAAAGCUCUGGAGCAGCUCAAUGGUUUUGAAUUGGCGGGGCGUCCAAUGAAAUGUGGUCACGUUACGGAGAGGACUGCGGAGGCACAUGGAGCAUCAGUGCUGGAUAGUGAUGAGAUGGAUAGAGCUGGUAUUGACUUGGGAGCCACUGGCAGGCUUCAGCUUAUGGCAAAGUUAGCUGAAGGGACUGGUUUCCAGAUCCCUCAGAAUGCAGCCAAUGCAUUGAACUUGAAUCCCGGCGCGGAUGGUUUAUCCCCAUCAUCUCAGGCCGCUGCCACCACCGCUCCAUCGUCGACAUCAAACUCUGUUGCCCCACCUAUCGCCACACAGUGCUUCAUGCUAUCAAAUAUGUUUAAUCCCGCAACGGAGACCAACCCAACCUGGGAUAUCGAAAUCCGAGACGAUGUGAUCGAGGAAUGCAACAAACAUGGCGGUGUACUUCAUAUUUAUGUUGAUAAAGCAUCGCCUCAGGGGAAUGUGUACGUCAAGUGCCCUAGUAUAGCCGCAGCAGUGGCAUCAGUGCAGGCACUUCAUGGCCGUUGGUUUGCCGGUAAAGUCAUCACAGCUGCCUAUGUACCAUUGCCGAACUAUCAUUCACUUUUUCCUGACACGUUGACGUUACGGCAGCUAUUAUUGCCUUCCUCGCAAUCGACACAGACAUUCCAUAAUCAGCAGAUGCACCAACAGAUGCAGCAAAUGCAACAGAUACGCAUGUGAAACACUGCUGAUGCAGAUGUCAUAGAGAUACAGGUGUAAAACACAUCAGGAUGAUGUAAAACCGAGCACAUACAGAUGUGAAACACAUCUGAUAUGGAUGUGAAGCACAGCUGAUACGGAUGUAAAACAAUCUUGUGCUGGAGUGAAAUCUUGUGCUGGAGUAAAAUGGCAUUUAACUUGGCUUUUAGAAAGCUUGCUGCAGUGAUCAGAACUUAUGACAAAUUGGACGAGACAUUGUGUGGUUUUAUGUGUUGCUGUCUGAUUCUCUUGUAUAAACUGUUAAAGAGUGAUUCAUGCGCACAGUUGUUCGGCAACACCAUGUGUUAUGUCCUACUAAUGCAAGGGCAAAGAUCAGAAACAUUGAAUUGAAUUUGUUGGAAGUACAAUGUACUAACAGCAGCACUCUGUACAAAUAUGUUUCUUGUCCUGUCUUGGCACUCAUCUGAACUGUCUGUAUUAUUUUUAAAUUGCAUUGGUCUGUUUUGCAUGUAUUGGGGAUGGGCAAUCACGAGGUGUUUUAUUGAUGACAGUGUUGGCUUUAGGAUUACCCAAAGGCAGAAUUAGGACUUUUGGAAUAGAACCAUUUGCUGCGACACAAAGGACCUGUAGAGUGGCUAUAAUACAUGUAGGAAUAAAGACAAUUCUGUUUGCAUUGCAAUUUUAAUUAGUUGUGUGGGAGUUUCACCUUUUAAAAGAGAUUGUGUCUGCCAAGUUUGCAGUUGGACGCACAAAACUCUGGGUCCAGCUUUAUAUUAUGUUCAUAUUAAAAAAUAUUUUGAGCUGAAAUAUGGGAGACAAACAAACAGUCCGAUAUUUGGUUUCCUCAGCGUAAUUUCAAUUCGGUUAAAGAAUGAAUAGUUCUUCAUGGAUUAUUUGUAUUGAUUGUGAUUUGAAGAUAUAUUUCGUAAUUAUAUAAUAAUGAUAGUAA